AGCUGUUGGCUCAAGGGAUCUUGACUCAUUGGGCAUAGGUAGUUUACAGUAGUUUGUAGUUAGGGCCGUGUCAGGGACCGGUGCAUGAAGAAUGUCAAGCUUUGAUGGCCUGUCCAGAGAAGAGCUGAUGCAGAAGGUUGUAGAGCUCCAACAAGGCCUCGCGGAACUCUCGGAAAAGGUGGACACCGUGAAAGGUGAGAACACGCAAUUGAGAGAGGAAAACAAUGUCCUGAAGGACUACCUGAACAAUUUAAUGGCGAAGGUUGGCAAGAUGCCCAACCUGGGAACCACAGCGCCUUCGAAAGUCAUGCUGCAGCAAAACCCUGAUGGGGCCCAAUCAGUCAAGGUGAACGACCACAUUGGAGAGCUCACAGCUCCUGCUGUAGAUGACUGAUGCGUGGACGAAAAGGUGCCAUUGUCCAAUUCACCAACAUUGGUGGCACGCUCCACUCGUGAGUCUUGAAAAAGGAGUUUGUUUCCUCAGCUGUGGGGUCCCAUUGCCAUCCAUCCGAGCAGCCUAGAAACAUUUUCGUCAGAUCGUUAACUAGGCAAAACUGGUUGGCAGCCAGCUUACAAAAUCAGUGCUAUGUUCAUGGAUUGGAUGGCUGUCCGAGGACUUGCAUUGCAGGUACAAUUGACAAUGUACCACACACAGUUUUUCAAGAUGCGGUCGUAACAUAUAUACAUAUGGAUCUAAAGCCUGGAGCUUAGCUUCCGUUUGUCUCUUCUGCAUGCUUUCAGGUACCGUGUUUACGGUCCUGCAGCAACAAAAGUCGAACAUGUCCUUGUCGCCUCAUGCAAAACACUAUUGCACAGGUGAAUGUCAUAGCCAUUUGGCUCAAUCAGAUAUCGUACCGACCCAACUCUUGGAGUUCAUGACUUAAGCCUCCUAGCUGCAAGAGGCGGGCAGUGAGCCUCAAUCCUGG